UACGUUUUGGAACAUAUGAUAGCAUAUUCUAAUCGUGCUGUGAUAUUCAGUUUCAAGAAUCAAGGCUAACAGGUAAUGAUCUACGUUAACAGCCCAUUGACUUACAUGGUUGCUUUUCAGCUCGCGUCGACACCGCCGCGCUAUUAGCCGAAUGUCACCAGAAGUUCGCAAAGUCAACUAAUACACCUUCACUUCAUGGAAGAUCAUACCUUCAAUCUCGGUCUGGAUGAAGACUCUCGCUCGGAGAAUUCGGAUAGCAUCAGCGUGGCGAGUGGCCACGAUGUCGCGUUUCUCGUCACAACCGAGCUUCGACGCGUGUGGGCCGAGUACUUCGCCUGGGAGCAGCAAUACUGCAUAAAUAUCAUCAGGUCGUUAGCAUCUAGAGCCUCGUUGACCGACGCGUCCUCGGAAUACCUGUGUGAAAAUGACGCUCUGUCAGAACUUCACGCGACCGACCUAGAGGCCGAGGCAUUCACUGUCCUUGACUUCGAAGUAAAUGCAGAACCCAAACUUCAGGUCGUCUCGGUCUCAUGUUUUGAAAUUCUCGACUAUCACCCUUUCCCGCCUUAUGAAGGCUCGACUCCGAUUAACUGCGUCAUGUUCAAGGGUGACGACUCUGAUGACUUGCCCUUCGUACCCUUUGCAGAGGAGUCAAAUUUCCGUACCGACGACUUUAUGAAUGUGCAUGGCAGUUUAGGAUGGCAAGACGAGCUGAAUGACGUGGAUCGUAAGCGGAUAUUUGUCGAAGUUGCUCGACGAUUGUACAGACAGCAUGGCGUGAAUCCCUCGGAUAUCGAUGCUAUGCAACUUUUGCCGUAUCCUCUGUGCUCCACUUCAUCUCGAUGGGGUUUGCUGUGGGUUGAUUCACAGAAUGAUGAAUUGAAGUGGAUCGGCUCGGAAUUACGACGUCCUCUUCCACCGCAUAAUGAUGAAGCGCCUCCGACGGACGACCUGAAAGGUCGAACGCAAAGCCUGAUGUCUCACUUCUGCGCACAGAAGAAUUGCAUACGACCUGUCUGCAUGUCUCAUGAACAGAAACCGAAACAUAUUGUUGUCCGAGACGAAGAUAUAUUGGCUAACUUCAAGAUGGUCACACCGGUUACGCUAUGUGGUAUAGCUUGCUACUUGCAUUCCCAAGAGGUAGCAAAGAGACCUCAACCCUCUUCAUCGGAAGCCGACAUUACGAAUCUGCGUACAAUAUUAUCCAUUGCUCCCGAGUCGACCGUAUGUGAUUUGGCCGUAAUAUGUGGCAGACCAUGUUAUAGGGUGCGAAGAGAGAUCGAGCAACUUCGUGACUCGAUACGGGAUAGCCGUCAGAAACGACGGAUGCGAAAAUUGCCAACUAGGCCAAUCGUCGAAACUUUGUUCUUUGACGGUCAUCGGUUUGAAAAAUUCACGCCCGUACCUUCUUGUGAUCACCUAGGACCAUGCAAUAUGACAACAGAAUGCGGCUGUGACGCCGGGCGAGUGCAUUGUGAAGGUAAUUGUCGAUGUGAUAUGACUUGUCCGAGACGAUGGAAAGGUUGUCAAUGUGGCUCAAUAGCAGAUGGAGGAGUAAUGUGCACGCUCGAGCGCUCGUGUCCCUGCAGGAUGGCCAAUCGGGAGUGCGAGCCUGAAUUGUGCGUUACUUGUGGGUUUUGCGAGAAACCGUCAGGCAAAGGCUGCACAAACGCACCGUUGCAACGUGAACACUUCAAGCAACUCGAGGUUCGUGUGAGUGAAUUUGGCUGGGGUGUGGUCCUCUGCGAGCCAGCGGCAAAAGGAGACCUUGUUUGCGAGUAUAUCGGCGAAUUGAUAUAUGAGCCUACAUUCAAAAGUCGAGCCCUAUUGGCAGACCACCGCGGGAGAAGCUAUGUCUUUGGGCUGAAUCGAACAUUCGACGUGGAUGCUUCAUAUGCUGGCAAUGAGUCGCGUUUUAUAAAUCAUUCAUUCGACCCCAACUGUGUUGUACGAAUCUCCUUCGUUAAUGGUGACCAGCGGAUCGGUGUCUAUACUAGAUGUGAGCUUCUCAUCAACUAUGGACCAAAAUUCUUCUGAGCACCAGUACCGCCCGGACCACUGCAAACAAGCCAUGUAGUUAACAUAUCUUGAACCAUCUGUAAUGGCAGGCUAAUACGAAAGACUCCAUACCACUCUUUCAUAGUGUAUCCUACAUAAAUACCAGAGAUUCUAGGAUUG